AGGCACGGAAGCUGAAUCGACGUCUAGGAUACAGUGGAGCAGUUGCUGUGACCCAAUUCUUGGCCGGCAACUUUCUGACGCACGUGGAGCUACUAUUCCCAGCAGUCCACGCUUGGUUCGCACUGAAUCAGUUCAGCAUUGCACGUUCCUAUGUCACCCGGGUAGCGCUGCUUUCUAUGAAGGUCUUUAGUGGCUGUGCCAUGGACGCUGUGUUGUUUUCAUCUACCGCAGAGCCGGUCUUCAAUGACGAGAAACCAGAAUGCAGUCCGGCAUUGGCCAGCUGGAAGUAUGUGAGGCAAGCAGUCAUCACUGGCCUUGUGUCCACCCUCGUGAGUGAUGCCGUCAUCUGGAUGCUAUCUUACAUUCUCAGUGCGGCUAUCGAAGAGCGACCAGAAUGGACGACCAAAGAUAGGAUUGCACGACUGAGAUGGUCGAGGUGGAGGAUGCGUUGCUUCUUGUGCUUUGCGGCCUCCUACAAUCUCGCCUGCUUGAUCUACGUUUACCUCUUCAUUGCCAACGCCAGAGAGGUGGAUUCUACGCAAUUGAUACUGGCAAUCCUCUGGGGGCUGCUUCAGGAUGGCCUCGGGACGCCGUUGGUGAUGGCCACAAUCCUGGCGAUCGCGUUAAAUCUGGUGCUAUGCUUUUUUCCGGAAGUCAGAGGGGAAGUUGAAAAUCGGUGGCUGGCACCGGCACCUACAGAGGACCGGUCCAGUGCCCGAGAUUUUGGGACUGCAACCGAGAACCCGAAGAUUUUGCAGCUUAAAUUGCAAAUACAAACAAAAACAAACAAAAACAAACAAAAACAAACAAACAAACAAGCAAACAAGCAAACAAGCAAACAAGCAAACAAGCAAACAAGCAAACAAGCAAACAAGCAAACAAGCAAACAAGCAAACAAGCAAACCAGCAAAGCAGCAAACAAGCAAACAAACAAACGAACGAACGAACGAACGAACGAACAAACAAACAAUCACACACACACACACGCACUAGACAAGAAAUGGAUCAUUGAAGUGAUCCGUUGGGAACUGAAUCCCCUCACAUGCAAUUAG